GGGGCGUGCCAGAAAGUCUAGGACCAAUCCGUGGCCGAGGCAUAAACAGGGAGGGGGCCAUCGUCUCGCCAAUCGGAAGUGCUAGGAGGCGGGCCUGUCAGUCUGUGGACAGCUACGGCGCCAUGAAUAUCUUACCCAAGAAGAGCUGGCACGUCCGGAACAAGGACAAUGUCGCCCGCGUGCGGCGAGACGAGGCCCAAGCCCGGGAGGAGGAGAAAGAGCGGGAGCGGAGGGCGCUGCUCGCUCAGCAAGAAGCCCGCACAGAAUUCCUGCGGAAGAAAGCCAGGCAUCAGAACUCACUACCUGCUCUCAAAGCAGCAGAGGCAGGAGCCCCAAGCAGCUCUGGCCCUGUGGAUCUAUUUCGGGAGCUGCUGGAAGAAGGGAAGGGGGUGACCAGAGGCAAUAAAGAGUAUGAGGAAGAGAAGCGACAAGAGAAAGAGAGACAAGAGAAAGCUUUGGGCAUCCUGACGUACCUGGGCCAGAGUGCAGCGGAAGCCCAAACUCAGCCCCCUUGGUACCAGCUUCCCCCAAGGCGGGGCGGCCCCCCUUCUGGUCCAGGACCAGAUGAGAAGAUCAAGAACCGUUUGGACCCUCUGCGGGAGAUGCAGAAGCAUUUGGGGAAGAGAAAGCAUAGUGGUGACGACGGCAGUCACAGCAGAAAGGAAAAGGAGGGGUUUGAGAAACGACGACCCAAAGAAGCCCCAUCCCUGGAGCAGCUCCGAGCUGAACGUCUCCGGCGGGAAGCAGCUGAGAGGGCUCGGGCAGAGGCCCUGCUGGCCCGGGUCGGAGGCACAGCAGCCCAGGAGGACCAGCCAGAAGAGAUGGAUGACCGGCGGAGGCGGUACAACUCCCAGUUCAACCCCCAGCUGGCCCGGCGUCCCCGCCGGCAGGAGCCCCCCCCGGCUCACUGACUCUGAGGGGGUACAGGAGAGGCCGCUGCUGCCAGCCGUCAUAUAAAACUAUUUAUUCAUAAAUAUUUUCCAAAAUGAAAA